ACGGACCGACAACCAUAAGAUCAACCCUUACAAGGCUACAGACAUUGCCAGCCAUGUCCUGCUUCGAAAAAUAAAAUUACUGGGUUUUUUUUCUGCAUUUGAGCGCACGUGCCAAGAACAAUCUUGGUGGUAUAUCAAGUUCUGUUUAAUUAUUGAUUUUCUGAGAGUAGGACUUUAGGGGAAGGAUAGGAAAAUGUCUUCGCCCGAGCAGGAGAGGAGGUCUGGCGUUCAGCUGGUGAGCGCGCUGCUGCUGCUGCUCUCGCUUUCUGGUUGUUUGAGCAUGGAUGUGCUAGUACCCAAUUACAUCAAUGCACUUAAUGGGACAACUGUCACAAUCCCCUGCACCUUCACUUCCUGCUAUAAGAUUGACCUCACCAAGUUUGCUAUGAAUUGGACUUACCAAGAGACCCUUAACAAUACACAGGAGAAGUUUAUGACUUAUGAUAAGAAAAAAGGAAUGCAACCAGUGCCUUCAAACCGGUUUGGAGAGAGGGUUGUAUUUUCUGGGAACCUGGAUAAGAAUGACUUAACAAUCACGCUGCAGGAUGUUCAACUAGAGGACGAGGGGAUUUACAACUGCUACGUGAAGAACCCCCCAGAUCGCAUCCAAGGACAUGGCAUCAUCAAUUUCAAUGUUGUCACAGAGCUCCCCCCUCCAAGAGAUUCAACCAUUGCUGUUGCUAUUGGGGCAUCAGUGGGAGGAGCUUUAGCUCUGCUGAUCCUUUCAAUGGUGGUGGUGAAAUGUCUUCGUCGACAUCAGAAGCAAGAACUGAUUUCAGAAGAAAAGUUGGAGGAGGAGGGAAAGCUCGAGCCUGAAGCUGUUGCAGAAGAGGGGACAAAAUUACCGUAGUAAUCUGAACCAGCGUCUGGAUCUUCAACUCUCAGCUCCUAAUUUGAGAUGUGCACCCCCUUCUUCAGAAGCUGUAGUAACCACUGCUCGAAUCAUAUCACUGAUCAAAUCUAUUUGCAUGUGUGUGUCUGUGUGUGCGUAAUGCACAAACAAGGGAAAUAUUGUGUUAGUAAGGACUGAAUGUAUCCAUGUACAUGUGCAUAUUAAUCAAUGCCUAUAUGAGAUGGCAGUUUUUAGUUUUACUUUUCAUUAACAAGUCAGGGACUUAAAACUUCAAUAUUUUACUAAUAACAUUAAGACAUUCCUUGCCAUAUCCAAAGCACCCUCUGGCAGGUUAAUGCUGGGUUAUUAUUUAAAGUGGUUUUACUAUGUUUACAAUAUGUUUGCCCCUGCUGUGAUUUCACAGCUUAGCCUGCAGUCUUGGUAGUUUAAAAUUUUACAGUAGAAAUGCAUUUGGAUAUUUAGUUGGCAAAUUAGUUAGGUAUAAUCGUGCAAAGCUCCAACCACUAGAUGGCAGCAACGUGCUACCACUAUGUUGUUUUUGUACGUGUUUAAUAUGCAUCAACAGGCAUUAGUGGUAUCCAACACCAUCUUGGCCCUUUGGUAGUAUAAGGCAAAUUUGUGGAAAAAAGUGUACAAGGAGUUAAAAGUUUUUAAAUAUGAUAUUGCAAAAACAAUAGAAUAACAAAGUUAGUGGAAAGUGAUUAGUGAGUCUUCUGAUGCAAUGAAAGCUUAUUUUUUAUGAAAGUUAAUUUUAUUAUUUUAAUCAAUUACAACUUUAGGACUGAGGCAGACUCAUUAUAUCAAAUAAUGAGACAAAUUUAGCCAAAUGAAGAAAAACACAGUUAAUUCAGCAGCAGUGCUUAACAAGACUUGUACACUGAAAGAAAUUAUAGAGAUUUAUUGUUUGGGCUACAAGAUCUAUGGAGGCAAUAAUUUCAGUUUAUGCCAUCAUAAACAGUUGUUAAGCACAGGUUGUAGAUCUGAAUAAAAUCCUAAGGAGAACAAAGAAAAUAAAAGUUUCCCAGCAAAUAAAUAUCUGUCGUUUUAUAAACUGGUAAUAGGCUGAUGAAGGCAAAACAUUCAUAUUUUAACUAUACAUAAUAUAUCUAUCUGGGAAAAUCCACUGCUUCCCACACUGUCUUGAACCAUGCCUUUUUUCUUCAGUUCACAUCUAGAUAUAGCUUUUGCAUUUAGGAGACGUAUAACGUUCGAUGGCAGCUGGGCGACAGCUGUUUAAUAACUCAGCCAAACUAUGUUUACGUGUGUCAAUAUUGUCUACUUUAGUCUCAGCCAGAGAUUAUUCUCAAACAUUCCGUACAGAAUGUGGAGUUUUGACAAAUCAGAUGCCUUUACUCAGCCGGCCUUUUUUAGAGAAGACGCUGUUUGUCACAGAGGAAAAAGCACAAAUGCAGCUAAUAACAUUUGCAAUAGCUCCACUUUAAUCAAAUAAGUGAGUAUGGUACAAUGUACUUUCACCAUUACCUUUUAGUCUUUAAAUUGUUUAGUGCAAUGAACUGAAUAGCUUUUUUAGAUGUUUAAAAAAUAGCACUAUAAAAAUAGCAAGUAACAAUCCUGAGGUGCACUGUGUCUUAUAUAGAACCUCUUAAGAUUACAUUUUCAAUUACAUUACCAGAGUCAGCAGUGAAUCUAAAAACAAUCAUAGGAAGCAACUAAAACUUUCUGGAACUGACUCCACACCCUGUCUUAUUUCAUUUUCACUUUUAUUAAUUGCCUUUGUUAGUGUUUUUAUUGUGAAAAGUUAGUGAUGCAUUCAUGUUUGUUGUAGAAUAACUGCAAUGGUUAAUAUUUUGUGAGUUGUGGUUCUGAGCACUUUGACAUUGAUCUUAAAGUUUGGAUAAUCGUUUUAUAAAGAGAGAUAUACACAUGGACAUAUUUGUUACCCCUCCACACUUGUAAAGUUUUUUUUAAAGUCUUAUACUAUAUGGUCUCUUGGAGUAUACUCCUACAAUGAAAUAAAAAUAAAACAACUACCAGCCUCUAUUUUGAAUAAAGUUAUGUAUUGAGGAAUAUGCUAUAUAAUAAUUCCCAUGGUAGAAAAUACAAUUAAGCUCAAAAAUGUUUAUACAGCAGAUUGAUGCCUAGUCCACACAUAUCUGACUAUCUGGGAAAAGAAUACAUUUUUAUGCAGUUAGGACUUUCAUCCAUACUUUAAUUCCAUUUUACAUAUCUAGAAACAAACAAUUCUGAAAACUCUGACCAAAAUG